AUGUCUGCUUGUCACAUCCCCGUGCAGGAUUAUAUGAGCGGUGUUGUAACCCCACCUCCGAUUCCAGCAAAGACGCUCUUGUUAGUCCAUCAGCUACCGGAACUAGGUGAUCAUGAGUUACGAGAAUUCUUUGAUCGCGCCGUCCGCGAUGGCUGUGAAAUCCAUCAUUUCUAUAAGGCUAUGCUUGAUGCUAUCAGGUCAAACAGGGUGUAUCUCGUAAAAGAGCUACUCCGAUGUAAAAUACCUGUCUCGCGGAUGUAUAUCCUCGAAGCUGUCAAGGCAAAGGCAAAAGAUAUCAUAACGGCUUUCUUCGAUAACGGCUGGGACGUUAAUAAGCCAUUGAGUAUCAUGGAACCGCCUAUGCUUGCCAACGCUCUCGAGGACCUAGAAAUGACAACAUGGCUCCUUGAUUGUGGCGCGGAUCCUAAUAGGCGAUGUCAUAUCGAUAACACCCCGCUUUCCUAUGCUGUCAGAUCUGCCGAUUUGGCAACCGUUGAUCUUCUCCUACGACGUGGUGGUGAUGUGAGAAUGGGCCAGCUUAUACACAAUGCGAUUUAUCGAGAGUUUGACAACGACACCCUCAAAAUUAUCGAAAUCCUUAUUAAUCAGGGUGCUUCUUUAGAUUCUCUGAUGUAUGAAGACCAUGAAUAUUCUCGGAAUAUGUUUCCUUUCAUGAUGGAAACCCCUCUACAAACGGCAGUGGCUCUUAAAAGAGAUGCGGUUAUUCGUUAUCUGAUUCACAAAGGUGCAAGUGUGAAAAUCGAAGAUCAUAGGGGUUAA